AUGAAGAUCUCCUCAAUUGCCGUUUCAGCUUCCCUACUUGUCUCUGGCACACAUGCCUUUGUGGCACAGAAGCGGACACAAAGUAUUCGAAGUGGAUCCACACCUCUCUUUCUUGAACCAUCGGCCAUCACUGAAUAUAUGGUGAAGGCACACGAAGAUAAAUUGAAGGCAGUGCAGCAGAUAGAAACACAGAAAAACGAAGAAAUCAAGGCACUCAGAGCUGAAUUGUCGGCGGCUCAACAACAGGCAUCUUCCUCUUCCUCUGCCAUAACGCCAGCCAUCAGUGGACAUAUUGCCGACAUGAGCAAGGAAGAACUUGUACAGAAGCUCGUUGCCUAUCAACAAUUUAUGUCCAAGUACAUCGUGGAAGCUCAGCAAAACAAGGCGAAGGCCGUCCUUGCUGCCGAAAAUGCGAUGAAGCAGAAGUAUGAAGAGAAGCUAGUUUUCCUACGAGGCACAAAUCCAGCACCAAUGCAAGCGGCUCCCACACAGGCAUCAGUAGAUACCAAACUAUACCAGGAACGCAGUGAGAAAGUAUCCGCCGCUGCAAAGGCUGGAAAGUCGCGAUGGGGUGAUAUGGAGAACAAAAGAGCGGCUCAAGCAGCAACCAACGUAGUAGCACCUGCCGUUGUUGCUCAAGAAGUAAAACCUGUUUCAAUUGAAGCGCCAAAAGGUGGUGAUCGAAGCCUCUACGAUAAGCGUAUUUCAAUGGUUGCGGCUGCAGGAAAAGCCGGAAAGUCGCGAUGGGGUGAAAUGGAGGUGAUGAAAGCAACAACUGCAGCGACUGCAUUGCCAGCUAGUACCGCUGCUGCGCCUACAAAAGCAACACCACAAUCCGUGACAGCAUCAAAGACUGUUGGAAUUUCUGUUCCCCCUGAAGUUGCAGCAGCUGAUCACGGGUUGAGAAACGAUGGCGGAGUUGGUGGACCUUCUCUAGCAGAGCGUAUCAACCUAGGGGCACAGCUUUUGCAACAAGGCUCAGCUGCGGUUGCACCCACUUCUGUCGCUGCUCCAGCUGUAGCACCUUCGGCAUCUGCUCUAUCAUUGUUCCAAAAGCGGAAUAUGAUGGUAGCUGCAGCAGCAAAGGCCGGAAAGUCUAGAUGGGGUGAUUUUGAAGUCAAGAAAGCUCAAUCAAUUGUUGCGACAUUGCCAAGCGCAGCGGAGGCUGCUCCAGCUAUUGCAGUAGUUGCAACCCCACCGGAAGUUGCAGCAGCGGACCAUGGUUUGAGAAACGACGGUGGAGUUGGUGGUCCUUCACUAGCAGACCGUGUUAAUUUGGGUGCAUCUCUCCUAGGAAAAUGA